UUCGCCAUGGUGGAGCAGGGCGACGCGGCGCCGCUGCUGCGCUGGGCCGAGGGCCCCGCUGUGUCCCAGCCGCAGGGCCCGGAACUGCACGCUGGAGGCCGGGGUCGAGCAGGCGGCGGGGGCGCACGGCCGGCGGCUGAGCCGCCCCGGAGGCGGGAACCCGGGGAACCGGCUCCCCCCGAGGUGCUGUUGCAGCCCGGGCGCCUGGAGCUGGGCGACGUGGAGGAAGACCAGGUAGUGGCCGUGUUUGUGGUCACCUUCGAUCCACGCUCGGGAAACAUGGUAGAAUGGUGUUUACCUCAGGAUAUUGACCUGGAAGGCGUCGAGUUCAAGUCUAUGGCCAGUGGGUCCCAUAAAAUCCAGUCUGAUUUCAUCUAUUUUCGCAAGGGGCCCUUCUUCGGCCUGGCCUGCUUUGCCAACAUGCCUGUGGAGAGCGAGCUGGAGCGCGGUGCCAGGAUGAAGUCCGUGGGCAUCCUGUCUCCUUCCUAUACCCUGCUCUACCGGUACAUGCACUUCCUGGAGAACCAGGUUAGGCACCAGCUGGAGAUGCCGGGACAUUACUCUCAUCUGGCUGCGUUCUAUGAAGACAAGAAGGGAGUGCUCCACGUGGGACCCGGGAGAGGCAGCAGCCUGCCCCCGGUCUACUGGCUGCCUUCCAUCCACCGCUACAUGUAUCCCGAGAUGAAGAUCACACACCCUGCUGGCUGCAUGUCUCAGUUUAUUAAGUUCUUCGGAGAGCAGAUCCUCAUCCUCUGGAAAUUUGCCUUACUCCGGAAGCGUAUUUUGAUAUUUUCUCCCCCGCCCGUGGGCGUCGUGUGCUAUAGAGUGUACUGCUGCUGCUGCCUGGCCAACGUCUCACUGCCUGGCAUCGGGGGCACCAUCCCCGAGUCCAAGCCCUUCUUCUAUGUGAAUGUGGCCGACAUUGAGAGCCUGGAGGUAGAGGUGUCCUAUGUGGCCUGCACCACAGAGAAGAUAUUCGAGGAGCAGAUGUUGUUAUACUCCCAGGAGCUGGAGGAAGACUACAACCCUUGUGAAGAGGACCUCUUUGUGCUGUUUUUCCUGGAGCAGAACAACCGGAUAUUUCAGACUCUGUUGGAGGUGUCUGCCAGUCAGGACAAAACUCUGACAGCAGAACACGCCCGCGGCAUGGGCCUGGACCCGCAGGGAGACCGGAGCUUUCUUAUGGACCUGCUGGAGGCCUAUGGCAUCGAUGUCAUGCUGGUCAUUGACAAUCCUUGUUGCCCAUAGGAAGAGUGACACGGGAUUGGUGAGCCACUCGCCUAGGAUGACAGCAGCCUGGAGUGUACCCCAGGCCCCAUCAGCCUGGUUUUUAAUUAAGUGGACACAAAGGAAGAUUGUUUAUAACUUUCCAACAAAUGUGAUUUUUGCAAAUUCCUUUCUUCCCUUCUUGUCUAGAGGUAAGGUAAGAUGGCCUCGAUUUCGCAGCUCGCUUUGGUAGCACGUGGGAAUCAACAUUGUCUCCCAGAGUGGCUGGUCUUGGGGUUUGGUCUUAAGAGGUCUGUCUCUGGGAGUGAGCCAAGCCCUGGAAACUUUGGGGUGACUGCCAGAAAGUCUUUGUCCCUCAGUGCAUUCUGG